UACCAGCUUUCUCCUUCCAAAUUCUUUCAAGUGACUUGACCUCUUUACCCCGCUUUGACUCUUUCUCUCUACCUACUUGAAUUGUUGGAUCACAUAUCUCGAUGAGCGACCCCACUCGACCUCCGGUUCUCAUUCUUGCCACGUCUUCAGAAACUCCGCGGCCAUUUUCGACUUCACCCUCUCCACACCACCAGUCCCAGUCUCCCUUCGGAUAUCUUCAUUCUCCUGAGAGCAUGAAUGAGAAAGCGAUAUCAUCAAGUGACGCAUCCUCUGAAGACAAGUUACGAUCUCCACGUGCUGGUCCAUCUGUGCGACCGCAACAUCAGUCUUUUUCCAGAGGUCCUUCUCAUAUUUCAACCCAGCCAGCGAUUCUGCCUAUUCAGAGGCUUCCAUGCCAAUCACAAUCGUACAUUCGCCCUCGUGGACUGCGAAUAACCAAUCUGAUUCGACCAUGGUUACCUAUAAUCCUGUACGCUCUGACAAGCCUCAUCUUCCUUAUCGCCAUCGCCUUCUACAAAGCUGAACUUUUUUCCGCUCUCGAUGAGUUAUCUCGUUGGUUACAAGCUGACAAAACAUACGGUCAGGCUGUACUUUUCUUCCUCAUUUUCCUCACUACAUUCCCUCCAGUGCCUCUCUACUCUACGCUCAUUAUCCUUUCCGGUUAUACUUUUGGCCCCUGGACAGGCGCGGUAAUUUCAUAUUUCGCCGCGCUUUCCGGUGCGCUUGUCGUGUUCCUGUUGUCUCGUACUCUCCUGCGGGAAACUAUAUCCCGAUGGCUUUCCUCUACAUGUACCCUCAAGCGUGUCGUACGUGCCAUUGAGAAGCGGCCAAAGCUACUUUUCCUCAUUCGCCUUGCUCCAUAUCCUUACAACGUCAUGAACUGCCUCCUAGCAGCUUCUCCGACUUUGACACUGCGAACUUACACUAUUUGCACUGCGCUGUCUCUUUUCAAGGUUAUCAUCCAUAGUAGUCUUGGUGCCUCCAUACAUUCUUUCAAAGACUAUCACAUGACAACUGAGGGUGAUAACCACCCAGAUUCAGGCGCGAACACUGUGGCACGAAUGUGGACAAUUGUUGGGAUCGCACUCUGUGUCGCGAUUUUUAUCUACCUUUCCUACGUCGCUCGCAAAGCCGUCGAUGAAGAACUCGAGGAAUACGACGAUGAAGAGACAGUUUCCUUUCUUUCCGCUGAAGGAAAUGGCGACCUGGAGCAAUGCGAUAAUUGCAUUGACGACCAACCAACAAUGACACAAACGCAUCCCCAUCAGCUAAUGUCCCCGCGUCCUUGUAUGUCGCUUGACAUUUAUGGACAGCCAUUGCGACCUCAGUUUUCCUGAAAUGCUACUUUUCCCCCCUCUUCCUAGAGAAUUCGCCCUUCGCGUCAUGAUCGUUCGCCUUUGAAUCCUUCCCGCUGCCAAUUUCGAUGAAUCAUGUAUCAAAACCACAUUCUUUUCACGGACUUUCUUUUUCAUCUACUUCUGCUUUCUUUUCGGCUGCAGGCAGUUCCAUUCUGAUUCUUCUUUCCCUACGUUUUUUUUCUUGCAGAUCCCAUUGCGGACCUUUGCAAGAAGUCUUUCGGGACAUGGACCUUGUAGUUAUAGCAGUGGCUAUACGAAAUUAGCGAACGCAAUGUAAUAUUAUUCUUUAACUUAGGUAUCUUCUAUUCUAUUGAUAACUUGCUUCAUAAGUUACUCGAGAGCUACUUGAGUCAAUCGGUGAUUACACUCGAAUCCUUC